AAAUGCCAUCCUAGAAUAACAUCAGUAAGCUUAAGCUGCUGCUACCCUCUUCAGUCUAGGAAGACCUGUGAACUUCCAUCAAAAUGGCUCUGUCCAUUGCUUCAACUGCACUUUCAAGCAUUCCAACCAGCGAAAUAAAUACAAAAUCGUUGCCAGGAAGAGUCACAAGAGCAUGCUUGUUAGGAAGAAGUCGUUUGAAUGCUACAAAAGGGGUGUCCAGUGUCUGUGAGCCACUUCCCCCGGAUAGGCCUUUGUGGUUCCCAGGGAGUUCACCUCCAGAAUGGCUUGAUGGCAGCCUCCCUGGAGAUUUUGGUUUUGACCCUUUAGGACUAGGAUCUGAUCCAGAGCUGCUUAAAUGGUUUGCUCAAGCUGAACUAAUGCAUAGCAGAUGGGCAAUGCUUGCUGUAGCUGGAAUACUGAUUCCAGAAUGGCUUGAAAGUCUAGGCUUCAUCGAGAACUUCUCUUGGUAUGAUGCUGGUGCACGGGAAUAUUUUGCAGAUCCCACAACCUUAUUUGUGGUGCAGCUUGUGCUGAUGGGAUGGGCUGAGGGUCGACGAUGGGCUGAUAUGAUGAAUCCAGGGUGUGUUGACAUUGAACCUACAUUACCUCAUAAGAAGAAGCCGAAGCCUGAUGUUGGUUACCCUGGUGGUCUGUGGUUUGAUCCGUUCAUGUGGGGAAGGGGAUCACCCGAACCAGUUAUGGUCUUAAGGACAAAGGAAAUCAAGAAUGGGAGACUUGCAAUGUUAGCUUUUGUUGGCUUUUGUUUCCAGGCCGUUUACACUGGAGAAGGUCCCGUUGAGAACUUGAUGGCUCACAUAGCAGAUCCAGGCCACCACAACAUUUUUUCGGCUUUCACAUCACACUGACCGGUAUUUUGGGUUGGGGCUAGAUACAUGAACACAUUCGAAGAUGCAAGAAGUAUGACAAGGCAAUCUCCGAGUUUUAUUCUUGCUGUUCUUUUAUAUUCUAAUAUACUCUCGACUCUUACAUUCUGAAUGAAUAUAGAAACUCGUCACUUUAAUAGUCUUCUCCUUCUAGUAAUUUACGACUAAGUGGACACUUGAGUCUGGAAUAAAUUUGGUCAAUCAGAUCUCAGUUUGUCCA